AAGACAGGAAGAUGACAUAAAGAGGAGAGCAGAGUAUAACUGUUGAAUAUUCAUAAAUUCCACCAGUGACAGAGUCUGAGGGGAGGGGGGUGGUGGUCCUCACAAAUAUAGAAGGGUGACACGCUACGUCCGUGCCCUAAACCUUAGUUGCCCUUGGCCGAGAGAAGAGGUUUUCAAGCUGCAAUGGCUCUGAUGGUGACUUUGGGUCUGAUAGCAGUGGCCGCAGCACUUCUCGGCCUCUUGGUGGCCCUCUUGCGCGGCGACUCUAAGACACAGCAUGCGAAGAGACCUCCGGGCCCAAAGCCGUGGCCCAUUCUCGGCAGUCUCCACCUCUUGGGGCAGUGCGAGUCACCAUUUGAAGCGCUCACCGAAGUGGGCAAGAUGUACGGCGAAAUCUACAGCAUAACCCUGGGCACGACGCCGUGCAUAGUCGUGAGCAGCUUCCCGCUCAUCAAGGAGAUUCUCAUCACCAAGGGCUCGCACUUUGGCAACAGACCGAACUUCCUACGUUUCCACAUGCUCUUCGGCGGCGAUCGCAACAACUCCUUGGCACUGUGCGACUGGUCCGACCUGCAGAAGACCCGGAGGAACAUCGCCCGCUUGUAUUGCUCCCCACGCUUUGCUUCCGUGCAUUACGACAACCUGGACCACGUGGGCUGUGCCGAGGUGGUCGAGUUCCUGGCCGAACUGUCACGUGUCACGAAGGAGACACGAGAAUACAAGGUCAAACCGCUGAUCCAGGCAGCCUGCUUCAACAUGUUCUCUCAGUACAUGUGCAGCACCCGCUUUGCCUACGACAACACCGCCUGCGCCAAAGUGGUCCGCACUUUUGAUGAUAUCUUCUGGGAGCUCAACCAAGGUUAUGCCGUCGACUUCAUGCCUUGGCUGUCGCCUGUUUACAAAAACCACAUGCGUCUCAUCUGCACAUGGUCACAAACAGUGCGUCAGUUUAUUCUGUCCCACAUCGUGGACCGACAACGGCUCGCACUGGACACUUCCGAAGAGCCGAGGGACUUCACAGAUGCUCUCCUCAUGCACCUCCAAGAAGAUCCAAAUCUGAGUUGGGAACACAUUAUCUUCGAACUGGAAGACUUCUUGGGAGGCCACUCUGCUGUAGGAAACCUCGCCAUGCUGACACUGGCAGCCGUGGUACGUCACCCUGAGGUCGCCAAGAAUGUUCAGAAGGAAGUGGACGCAGCCACAGGAGGGUCGCGUAACGUAAACUUGUUUGACAAGACAGUAAUGCCCUACACAGAAGCCACUAUCCUAGAGGUCCUGAGGACUUGCUCGUCACCCAUCGUGCCACACGUAGCGACGCAGGACACAACCAUUGCAGGAUACCCUGUGGCGAAAGAUACUAUGAUUUUCAUCAACAAUUACAAUCUCAACCACAGCGAGAAAUACUGGGAAGCUCCCAACGAGUUCCGUCCUGAGAGGUUCAUCGCGAGUGGCAAAGUAAGCAAGCCCGAGUACUUCAUCCCGUUCAGCACCGGCAAACGCACCUGCAUCGGACAACGGCUAGCGCAAGGAUUCACCUUCAUACUAAUUUCCUCCAUCCUGCAGUACUAUGACGUCACUUCUUCAAACGUGGCGUCCAUUCGCACAUAUCCGGCCUGCGUUGCAGUACCCAUGGACACAUUUUCGCUAAUUUUCACGCCCAGAAAUUCUGCGUUUGUGCAAUCCAUUUAGUGUAGUCUCUCUGACCUUGUAAGUUCAUGCCAAACAUGUAGGUGGGCCUACAUACAUCGUCGUCAUAAAUAAAUGCCAUAUCUCGUAUACGGACUCUCUGCAAUA